AUGGCGACAACACAACCCACGGUACCCCCAGGGAGGGAUGCUACCAACAACAUCCGGAUUGAAGAAGAGCAAAUCGGCCACGCGCAUACCAAUGAGGAGGGACUGUUUAAAAAUGGCCCCAUGGUGGACAAGGUCGACCAGUUUGGCUCGCACACCAAGACCGAUCCGAGAGAAAUCGCCCUGGUCAGGAAGCUGGACUGGCAUAUUCUUGUGAGGAAAUUGCUUCUCGUUGGUAUAAUCUGGAGCGUUGGUUUGAAGACUAACCAUAUCCUACCCAACCAGCCUAUCCUCUGGCUCAUGUAUCUAUUCAACUACCUCGACCGCAACGCCCUGGUAAAUGCUCGGCUCGACGACCUCGAGAAGAGACUGAACCUAGUGGGCACCGAGUACAACACAUGCGUAUCAAUCCUGUUUGUUGGCUACAUCGCCUUCCAAAUCCCCUCCAACAUGAUACUCACCAGAGUCAAACCGUCAUGGUACAUGGCAGGCUUCUGCCUAGCGUGGUCCAUCAUCAGCCUGCUAACGUACCUGGCGCAUGACUACGCCACCAUGGUCGCCUUCCGCUUCCUCCUCGGCGUGACCGAGGCACCCUUUUACCCCGGCGCCCUGUACGUCAUCAGCAUGUUCUACACGCGCAAGGAGAUCGCCGUGCGCAUGUCGUGGUUCUUCACAGCCAACAUGCUAGCCAGCGCCGUGUCGCCGCUCAUCGCGGCGGGGGUCUUCUCGGGGCUUGGCGGCGCCCGCGGUUUGGCGGGAUGGCAGUGGCUGUUCAUCAUCCAGGGCGCGCUGAGCAUCGUGGUGGCCAUCAUGGCCUUCUUCAUGCUGCCGGACCACCCGCUCACGACGAGGUGGCUGAGCGAGGAGGAAAAGCAGCUCGCGCACGCGAGGAUCUGCAUGGACACGACGGGCCUGGCAGAGGGCACCAGCGUGUGGCUCGGGCUGAAGCAGGCGGCCGCGGACUGGCGGACGUGGGUACUGGUGCUCAUGUACAACUUUCACCUGUCGUCCAUCAGCUUCCAGAACUUCUUGCCGACGGUGCUGCAGACGUUGGUGCAGGACAAGAUUAUGAGCCUGGUGUUGACGUUCCCGCCGUAUCUCUUCGCCGCCAUCAUGGCCGUCAUCAUGGGCAAGAGCUCUGGGCAUUUCAACGAGCGGACGUGGCACAUCACCGUGUGCAAGUCCAUCGUCAUAAUCGGCUUCAUCCUCCCCGUCGCGACGUUCAACGUCCCGGCCCGGAUGGUGGGUAUUUUCCUGUUUGUGGGCUUCACGUUUGGUAUCAACAACAUCAUCCUAGGGUGGGUGUCUUCGACGCUCGGUCAGACCAACGAGAAGAAGUCGGUGUCCCUGGCCAUCGCCAACUCGCUAGGAAACAUGUCUUCCAUCUAUAUGCCGUACAUCUGGGAUAAGCAGUUUGCACCGCGAUACAUCCCGCCCUGGCUGGCGAGCAUUGCCUUCUCGGCGGGCUGCGUGGCGCUGGCUUGGUCGCUCAAGCUGGCGUUGAAGAGGCAGAACAAGAAGAUGAAGGAGAGGGAUCCGAACGAAACCAACUUCUAUGUGUACUAG